AUGGCUGACACAACUAAAAAGCGAAAGAAAGGCUCAAUUAGUGAAGAAGACGUGUCUACUCUCUUACAGAGGUACUCUUCGCAGACGGUGCUGGCAUUACUGCAAGAGGUGGCGGUGGUUUCCGAGAGGAAAAUUGACUGGAAUGCAAUGGUAAAAAAUACUUCUACAGGGAUUUCCAAUCCGAGGGAGUACCAAAAACUCUGGCGCCACCUCGCAUAUCGGGAUGACCUCGUUGAUUCAUUGAACAAUGCUGCAAACCCUCUGGUAAUCAAUAUCAAUCCCAUUAUUAAUCGCACAUGUGCAUAUGCGAGUUUAUUAACGUAUAUUGAUGACGCCUGA